AUAUUCCGAGGAGGAACCUCAGCUACUCACUCACUCAUUCAUCAUGAAGGUUGUUAUGUUCCUGUGCCUUUUGGCCGUUGCCUUGGCAGAACCUGAGCCCUACUACAACCCGCAGGUGCUGGCCGGUCACCCACUGCACUACAGCCAUCCCUACGGAUUCCCACUCAUCCACAACCAAGGAUUACCCCUGACCUACAGCAAUCGAUUCCCACUCACCUACGGCCACGACCUCCCUCUCACCUACAGCAAUAGAUUCCCACUCCCUUACAACCAGGGACUCGGAUAUCCCUUCGGCCCUAACUUCUACCCAAGAGGAGUACCAGCAGCAGCAUCAGCAGGUGCCCAAGAUUAAGAGGCAUGGAAAGUCUUUACCAAUAAUUCGACUUAAUGAUUUGGUCUCCAGGAAAGAAAGAUUUAACAGCCUCUUUAUUUCCAUUCUGAUCCAACAGGAGAAAUAUCAGAAAACCUUUGUAAUAUUAUCUAUCUUUUCCAAUAAAAAGAAAAAAAAUCA